AUGUGGUGAAAGCCGGGGCUGCUUGGGCUCGGAGAGAACUGCAGAAAGCGGGGGAAACGGCGCCCCCGGCUCCGGCUAGCUUCUACCAUGGGAUGCUGCACUGGGCGCUGUACGUUGAUCUUCCUUUGCACGCUGCAGCUGCUAGCUGCACUGGAGAGACAAAUCUUUGACUUUCUGGGAUUCCAGUGGGCUCCCAUCCUUGGCAAUUUCCUGCAUAUAAUAGCUGUUAUUUUGGGUUUGUUUGGAACCAUCCAAUACAGACCUCGAUAUAUAGUUCUGUACUCCAUUUGGACUGCUCUCUGGGUCACAUGGAAUGUUUUCAUUAUCUGCUUUUAUUUGGAAGUAGGUGGUCUAUCUAAGGAAACAGAUCUCAUGACCUUUAACAUCUCAAUGCAUCGAUCUUGGUGGCGAGAACAUGGACCAGGCUGCAUACGAAGAGAGGUGCACCCUUCAGCCCCUGGGAUCUUAGAUGAUAUUUCCUAUGUCUCUGUGACAGGUUGCAUCAUUGACUUCCAGUACCUAGAGGUCAUUCACAGUGCCAUCCAAAUACUACUCUCUUUGAUUGGUUUUGUUUACGCCUGUUAUGUGAUUAGUGUUUUUAUGGAAGAAGAGGACAGCAGUAAAUACUGAUAUACACCUCCCGAUCUCUGGAGCCACGACCUUGGGGUUAAAAGAAGGACUCAGCCCUGAUGCCACGCUUAGGUUUAGCAGUGUUAUGAGGAGGAACCAGGCUUUGCAACCAAAGCCCCAGUUCUGCAAGACCAUCUCCCUGAAGAAGCAAGGCUUCAUUGCAUUUGACCGGGACUGACACGUGGCUGCAUUUCUCAGUCACCACCUCAGAUUCCUUAUUAGUGUUGUAAAGUGAACCCUUCUUAGAUAAUCUUGAAUUUUUCUUUAUUCACUUUUAUGACAACUUGUACAUUGUAGCUUUUUCCUUUUUGAAGUUUUUAAAAACAAAAUAUCUAGUGUUUAUGGCAUGAAAACAGUGGAGCGUGUGAAAAAAGAAUCCUCUUUUUCCAGAAGUUUUACCAUAGUUUUGGAGUAAGACAACUGUACUAUAUUUGCAUGUGCUAGUAAUGAUUUGCCAUACACAGACACACACACUUCCCCAAAAGCACUCAAUUCUGAUGCAGUGAGCGGGAAGGGAGGAAAAAGCGAUAAAUCUAGGACACAACACCCAACUAAACUAGACACUCACUUUUUCUAUAGAAUCAUACUUAAUUACAGGCAUACUAUAGGAAUUGAUCAGUAAAAGUGGUUUUCCAGUUGUUGCAGUGAUCAGCUCAUUGAGCCAAGUCCAUGCAUGAUUGCUCUAAUGUAAGCCUCCCUUAGUUCAGUUGUGUUUUCUCCCAAGAACAAUUGCAUAAGGUUUGCAAGGCAAUUUGCAUAUGGCUGCUUCUCCCAUAUGCCUUUCUUGUUCCCAGAUGCAUUCCUUGUAGCAGUUGGUAACUGACAGAGAAGUGUUUCAUUCUUCAAAAUUCAGGGCAGAUGUGUGUAAUUUGCACAUUUUUAAAAAAAUUCUCCUUAGAAGGAGCCAAACAUGAAUGUGUACAACACUGGGGUCAAAGGGAGGCACCAA